AUGGACCAACUACGACCGCCCGGUGACAACAUGCCUUUUCCCGCCCCGCGACGACAUUCCACCGUCCCAACCUCUUUCCAGCCAGCACCCUCGCGCCCGCCUUCGAACUCUGUCUCCGGUAGUGGCUCCGUCGAGACCCUCUUUAACCAUCCCUCCGUCAGGAUAGUGGCCUUCUCUGCCGGGAAAUCCGCAUUCGACCGGCCCAACCCUGGCUUCGAGGAUAAGCCCGGAUCACUGCCCUCCUCCUCCCAGUUCGAGAGGACCCUAGCUGUUGGUGCUUUCCAGAUCUACCGAGCCCCUGGGUCCGUCGCGUUCCUCCGAUGUGGCUCAGCCCUACAGCCUAUCCUGCCAAAGAGCCAAUGCUGGACCCUGGAUGAGAAUUCAAGCAAAUUCGCACUGCAGAUCCGGCGACCGAAUUAUUGGAGAAUCGAGGUGCCUGUCAGCGAUGAUGAAGACACACGGAGGGCGGCCGUACUACGCGAAAUUCUGGAUAAAAUACUACAGUUCGAGAAGACACCAUGCCCCUUCGAGAGGGACUUCACCGUUCAGCUGCCCGAGAGGCCGACGACGCCCGUCAAGAAGCGACCAUGGACUCCUCCGGUCCGGACAGUUUCGAUGAAUUGGCCCCCACAACCGGUCACGCCGCCUCCUGAAUUUGCGACUCGGACGAGGUUCUACAACCCAAAUGCGCGAAGGCAUUCUGAUUUCGGCGUGGAUUUGUCCAAAAGCAGCUCUACGCCUGCGACACCUGAAGCGAAGCCUGAAGGAAGGCCUGGAGAUGGAUCGUCGAGAUUCGGUACACCCACGAGACCGCCAUCGCGCAGGCUGUUGGAGACGAUGGAGACGCCCCGGCAGGAGACGAUCCCGGAGGAGGUCAGUUCUGAGGAAGUGAAACCGGAGUUCGGCAUCAAAUUCAGAUCGGUCCUGGAGGAACCCGAGCCACUUACACCACCCCUUACCGCGAUCCCGCCGGAACUUGCCAGAAAGCCAGUCGAGCCCGGUUCAGACGCGCCUGCACCUGCCAAAACAGAGGUAAACAUGGCAGAAGACCUCGAAGCAAGUCCAAAAGCCCCAGAAUCCCAGAGAGAUCUAUCUGUGCCGAAGAAGCGCGAACCCAUCUGGAUAACGAAGAAGCCGUCUGCUACGACUAGGAGGGUGCAACGGCCAGCGCUACCAAAGGCGCAUUCGGUAGGGCCAAUAGCACCAACGGCCUCGAACGUCCAGGUUGGAAGCAUGGCGGACACUGCUAAGACUAAAUCGCCCGAGGAUAGCGCAGACCAAGGUUCACCACUGGUGACAGAUAGUGCAAAUCGGAGAGACUCGACGGACUCUGAUUCCGAAGAAGCUGGUUCGAUUGAAGGAGCUGGGCAGAUGCGGUUGAGACGGACCAGGGUAGCAGCCUUCGCAUCCAGGCGAGCCGCAACGGCGCCUUCACUGAGAGUUCGAACUUCAACGCCAGCCUUGAAUCUGCCGCAAGAGACACCUGAAGACCUUCCCGAGCCAAGCUCACCAGCUGAGUCGUCGGAUUCGUUCCACAGCACCCAGUCGUGGCACUCGCCUCUUGCCCCUCCCUCGCCGCCCAUGUCCCCAAGGCGAGCAUACCCCUAUCCGCAUGAGAACAUUCCCUUGGCAAAAACAGGUGAUGGGUCAGAGUCCGCAGCCACACCUACUGUAUCAAUAUGGGAGAAGAGUUCCACAGGCGCGGUUGCAGGGAGCGGGGCUGGGACGCCCAUCACCCCGUUUUACAACGACCACAAUGGCGAUGGUGAGGCAGAGAAUAAGGAUGACAUGAAGCCAUCGGACGAGCCUGAAAGAGCGACUCAGGCUGUCCCUAUCACCAAAGCUACCGUAGAAGAAGAAAGCUCGGAACACACCGCAGCCGCAGACACCGACUCACUCUCAACGUCCUGGUCAUCCGCCGCGUCUCGGACAUCAUCCCCAGGAUCAAACACCGCCAUGCGCCAUCGCGCAGCAACGACCUCAGUCUCCAUCUCUCACACCAGCCCGCGUGCCCUGUCUCCCCUUCCCCCACCAGCAAACCUCUUCACACCCCGACAAGGUCUCCGACGACUCCCGUCGACUGCCGAGCUCUCUGUCCGCGCCUCGACGGCCGUCAAGACGAUCCGGCGCAUCCCAAGCGCCAUCCUGAACAAGACGUGCGAGAUGAUUCUCGGUCCGCCAGUGCACCUCAUCAACCUGAUGCUCAAGGUUGCGGCCCGUAUUGCAGCGGGUGAGUUCCGUGGAUUUGUUUUCGGUAUGGGCGAGGGCGGCGAGGUGGUCGACGUGCGCUGGGACUGGAGCGACGAGCACAGCGACAUCGACGAGGGCGCUGCACUCGAGGGAUGGGACGAGUCCGACUUUGACUUUGGCGACGACGCGCGCAGGCAGGCGGCCAUCACCCGCCAGGGGGCACAUUCGCAGUCCCGCGGCCGCAAGAUGAGGGCCAGCUUUGCCGCCGCGGACCUUUCGAGGCCCGCGAGAGCCCAUGGAAAGGCUAUUGCGUACCAGGAUCCCUGGGAUGACGAGGAUGAGGACCCGAGUCGCAGCUGGGGCGUUGACUAG